AUGCAGCCCAUAUCUGUCACCACGCCGCCUGCCGGCCGCUACUCCGCGCGGGGCCGGCAACCGGCGGCGGGAGAGGAGGGCGGGGGCGAGGAGGGCGAGGAGGGCGAGGAGGGGCAGGAGGUGGAGGAGGUGGAGGAGGAGGGAGAGCAUGAGGAGGAGGGAGAGCAUGAAGAGGGGGAAGAGGACGUGUAG